GGUCGACUCCACAAUGUAGUUUUAUUUGUAGUUUUAAAAUUACAUAAUUUGACCCGGGGUAUCUGUUUAAAAAAGCAUUGGAAGUAACUGGGCAUCGUUAAUCGUCACUGUGCAUGCUGAGCGGAACGGAACUAGCCAGAAUAUUAGUGCUUUUUAGCGGGGGAACAUCUUGAAUUCGGAACCAAUCAUGGCGACUCUCGGUAGUCGUGGAAAUCGUCUUGACAAUUCCAAUAAACAAUGCAAGUCUGUUUUUGCAUCUCCAGAGAAAGUGCGUGAACUUCUCAACGAAGGUGUGGUGUCAGAAGAAAACCGAUCAAAUGGAGUGAAGGGGAACUUGAAGGCUGUGGAAUCAAACGACAUACCCAAAGUUCCUUUCGAAGCGACCAACAAAGAUGCUUUUUUCACCAGAGUGGAGUCAUAUUCCUGUUUGAAAUGGGCGGGGAAACCUCAAUGCCUUUCUCCACUGAGGUGUGCGAGCUAUGGCUGGAUCAACGUCGGUUGUGAUAUGCUUAAAUGCUCCAGUUGCCAAGCAUUUCUUUGUGCCUCGCUGCAACCAACACUUGACUUCUUGAAAUAUGAAUCACGUAUUGCAGAGGUAUCCAGGCAACUGCAGACACAGCAUGAAAAGUUUUGUCCUUGGCCAGACUUCCCAUGCCCAGACCGGUUCUGGCUGGUUCCGGCAAAUGAGCCCUCGGUUCUUCUCAGUGCCUUCCUGGAGCGUUUCCAGAGUGCUUGUAUCCUGGAACAGCAGCUGCCUGCCAUGAGCCCUGAGCAACUCAAAAACAUGUCUUUGACAGAGGAUAUCGUCAGUGUGCUUCUGCAGCUGAUCGAAGAGGAACAGAAGAAGCUUGGCAGAACGCCAACAUCUGAAACUUUGGCUGUCCAAGUCGCUGCCUGCAUCGUUUCUCUGUGUGGCUGGGCUGCUAGCCCGACUCUGCAUGCCAUGAGUCUCCCCAUGCUUGUGUGCUCCUACUGCAUGCGCAAAGUGGGCCUGUGGAACUUCCACCAGAUGGAGGGGUCAGCGGGUGGAGGCGACAGCUCCGUCCCUAGCACCCCCACCCGGGUGCAGUCCCCCACCCCGACCCAUGUCCAGGACACCCGUGGGGAUAGGGGGACUCCCACCUCACCCUCCCCAUCCUCCACCCCCAGCCGUAUGAAGCUGAGGAGUCAGGACUCGACUCGCUCUGAUCAGACAGAGGGUAGUCCAGCCCCCAUGGUGGUCCGCACACGGAGCAGAGAUUCCCCCAGUCCGAGUGAAGAGUUGCCAAGCCCGUUGGCCCGUGGAAAGAAGCCUUCUGCCCGAGGCAGAGGGCAGGGAGAGGGCCCUGGCAGCCCCCAACACCACCCAAAACGCCUGCGCCUUUCUUCAGCCGGUGGCCCUGAAGGGCCCCUGCAUAGGAAUAUAUUUGACCCACUGGCCCAGCACAGAGACUGGUGCCCCUGGGUGAACACAGGGAAGGAGAACACCAAGCCUGAGGACAUUACCCUCCUAGACGGAGACGCGGAGGAGAACCAGCCGGGCUGGAAGGCUGCUCUCAGCCUACUCCUGCCCAUGAAGAAGACGUCGGACGUCACAGGAAGAAGUCCAUCCCAGGGUCCUCACGACAAGUCAAAAAGGGUGUUCGCUAUAUUUCGUCAGUGGCAGAUAUCCUCCCCAUCUCAAUAAGGGGUUCUCUUCCCCUAGCUUCAACCCAGAGACAGAAUCGCAGGAAAAUGUUGAUUUAGUUCCUGGUGGUACGUGUCCAUGUAGCACUGACAAGUGUCACUUCAACGUUACGUCUCCCAUCUUUGUUUACCGUCUGAGGGAGGGUUGCAACUAAAGGAAAUUGUUUGUAUCGAAGCUCUAUUUAGGACACCCACCCAUGAACAGUGAAAUAAAUGUUGCCCUAUUGGGUUUGGAAGGCAAGAUACCUUCAUAGAUAAUGACAUGCACACAACAUGCAUGAAUAUGGAGGGGCAUUAUCAAGAGAAAGUGGGACAUGAAUUCCAACUGAUCUCAGGCCACUGUGUACUCUCCUGGAAGACUACUUAUCCCAUCUUGCAACACCCCUGACCGUGGUGGUUCUAUGGAAGGGAUGAGGAGUCUGAAAUAUCCUUGUGGGAAUGAGCCAAAUGGUUAAACUCUGGAAAAACAGUUGUGUUAUCUUCAGAUUGUGGAAAGGUCACAGAGAAAUGUGAGACUCUACUUAAAAUUAACCUAAAGCUGUGAAGAAGUUUUUUGUGUCUUUUUCAUUUGUAUCUAGGGAUUUAAAACCAAAUGUAUAUGAAUUUGUGUUGCAAAGCAAUUUUGCCGAAAUCCGUUUUUAAACUGCUUCCAGCAAACUGGUGCCAGUAAUGACAAACAAAAAGUUUUCAUGCUGUUUGCAUUUCUGAAGUGCUUCAGGUGGGAUAGUGUGGUUUCUUUUCAUUAUAGAUGUCCUGCUAGGUAGAACAAAUAAUGUGCCAUAGAAAUCUUAAGAAUGUUUUGGGAUUAACCCAAUUUGUUGUUCCAUUGGCCUUUCUAUGAACUCAUCGCCAAUGCAGUCCCUUCUACUGUGCAUGCGCUUUCACUCUUAAGGAUUUCCUAAGGGGUUUUAAUAAAAUUUUCUUUCUAUAGCAUUCUA